CCAGACAACAUUCCUGGCAGGGUGCUCAGAGGAUGUGCAGACCAGCUGGCAGAUGUUUUCACGGACAUCUUCAACACCUUCCUGAGCAGCACUGUUGUUCCGACGUGCUUCAAGGCCACCACGAUCGUCCCCGUGCCAAAGAAGUCUCCAGUGUCUUGCCUCAACGACUACCAUCCCGUUGCACUUACACCCAUCAUCAUGAAGUGCUUUGAGAGGCUCGUCAUGAGGCACAUCAAGACCCUCAUCAACAGAUGACGCCAUCACCACCACCCUCCAUCUGGCCCUCACCCACAUUUCCUCAUUUCAGAGAAAACAAAACUGAUAUCUCUCACUCAUUGUGUGAGUUCAGGAAAAUGGCAGAGGCCAGUAUUUCAGUAGAUCAGGACCAGUUCAGCUGUCCAGUCUGUCUGGAUCUCCUGAAGGAUCCGGUGACUCUCCCCUGUGGUCACAGUUUCUGUAAGGUGUGUGUUAAUGGCUGCUGGGAUCAGGAGGAUCAGAAGGGCAUCUACAGCUGUCCUCAGUGCAGAGACACCUUCACUCCAAGGCCUGUCCUAUGCAGAAACAACAUCCUGGCUGAAGUGGUGGAGAAACUGAAGAAGACUGAACUCCAAGCUGCUCCUGCUCACUGUUACGCUGGACCUGGAGAUGUGGAGUGUGAUUUCUGCACAGGGAGAAAGCGCAAAGCCAUCAAGUCCUGUCUGAUGUGUUUGACUUCAUUUUGUGAAAUUCAUCUGAAACCUCACCUAGAACGUCCUGCUUUGAAAAAACACAAAUUAACUGAAGCCUCUGCAAAACUACAAGAGAAGAUCUGCUCUCAACAUAACAAGCUGAUUGAGAUCUACUGUCGUACUGAUCAAAUCUGCAUCUGUUAUUUGUGUACAAUGGAUAAUCACAAAGGUCACGACACCGUCACAGCCACAGCAGAAAGAGCUGAAAAACAGCUUUCCACUAGAUUUUGGAGCGUGGCUGUGGGGAUUUGUGUUCAUUCAGCUACAAGAGCAUUAGUAAGGUCAGGCGCUGAUGUUGGGUGAGGAGGUCUGGGGUGCAGUCGGUUUUCCAGUUCAUCCCAAAGGUGUUC